AUGUUGGCAAGGCACACUUCCACACGACUCGCCGCAAGCGCUAUUCGCCAGGCUCACAAAAGCUUGAGCGCGCCUGCCAGAACCUACCGUACAUCGUCUCGCUCGCCUUUCGAGGACCAGCAGAGCGUUCUUCCCAACAAUGUCGAUUCCUCCUCAGACGAGUUCGUAGCCAACAAGGCCUACAUGGACGAUCUCGUCGACAAGCUCGAUGCUACCCACGCAAAGCUCGCAUUGGGUGGAAGCGAAAAGGCGAGGGCGCGACAUGUUUCUCGAGGCAAGAUGCUUCCCCGCGAUCGUGUCGCUGCGCUCCUCGACCAUGGCUCACCUUUCGUCGAGUUGUCCCCCAUGGCAGCCUACGAAAUGUACGGCAACGAUGAAAUCCCAGGCGCAGGUAUGAUUGCCGGCAUUGGGCGUGUCUCGGGCACAGAAUGCAUGGUCGUCGCCAACGAUCCAACCGUCAAAGGAGGAAGCUACUAUCCUAUCUCUGUCAAAAAGCAUUUGCGCGCUCAGGCCAUUGCUCGCGAGAACCGCUUACCGUGCGUCUACCUCAACGAGAGCGGUGGUGCGGCCUUGCCUCACCAAGCAGACGUCUUCCCGGACGAGAACCACUUUGGACGCAUCUUCUACAACAUGGCCCAGAUGUCAGCACUGGGCAUCCCACAGAUCUCGGUGGUUCACGGCAUCAGCGUAGCAGGCGGUGCUUACGUCCCCGCCAUGGCAGACGAGACCAUCAUCGUGCGCAACCAGGGUACCAUCUUCCUCGCUGGUCCCCCGCUCGUCAAGGCUGCGCUAGGAGAGGUGGUCGACGAUGAGACGCUGGGUGGAGGCGAAAUGCACUGCAGCGAGUCCGGUGUCACGGAUCACCUCGCCAUUGACGACGCCCAUGCUAUCACAUUGGCUCGCGAAGCGGUGGCCAACCUUGGCCUGUGUGGUCGCUCCAAUACCGCGCUCGGCGAUUCCGAGUUCGAACAACCCCUCUACGAUGCUUCGGAGCUUCACGGCAUCAUCCCAGAAAAUGCACGCAAGCCUUUCGACAUUCGCGACAUCAUUUCUCGCUUGGUGGAUGGCUCGCGUUUCCACGAGUUCAAGAAGCUCUAUGGCAGCACCAUCGUCACCGGUUUUGCCAAGAUUGCUGGUCAGGACGUGGGUAUCAUCGGCAACAACGGCGUUCUCUUUGGCGAGUCGGCCAAAAAGGCGACAAGCUUCAUCCAGCUGUGCAACCAGCGUCAGAUUCCGCUCGUUUUCCUGGUCAACGUGACCGGCUAUAUGGUUGGCACCAAGGCCGAGCGUUCCGGUAUUGCCAAGGACGGCGCCAAGAUGGUGCGAGCGGUAGCCUGUGCCAACGUGCCCAAGUUCACCGUGAUCGUCGGAGGCAGCUUUGGCGCGGGCAACUACGGCAUGUGUGGACGAGCCUAUAGUCCGCGCUUCCUGUGGAUGUGGCCCAACGCGCGAGUCGGUGUGAUGGGUGGAGAGCAGCUCAGUCAAGUCAUGAGCACAGUCAGCAGCGACAAGGCCAAGCAAGAGGGUCUCCGCGACAAGAUCGAAAAGCAGACGCUUCCCGAGUAUGCCACCGCGCGUCUGUGGGAUGACGGCAUCAUUCGACCUCAAGACACCCGCAGCGUCUUGGCCCUCGGUCUGAGCGUCGCUAACACGGGACGAUGGAGAAGCUCGCAGCGCGGCGAUGCUGGUGGCUCUCGGCACCCUGCCUGGGAUGGAAACAACUAUGGCGACGGCGUUUACCGCAUGUGA